AUUCUCUCCACACACUUCAACUGCACAUAGCCUGAACAGUUUAAAAUCAAAGUGUGGUUGUUGAUAUUAAUAUAAAAACUUUAUUUCGGAAGAGAGGAUCAAUACACAAUUAUCAUCAUCAUCAACACAGUUGGACCCAAUAUUUAUCUGUAUUGUAAUAAUAUAUAACCAACAAUCAUCACAACAACACUGAUUGUACAACUAUUUAAUAAUAAUAAUUGGAAUAAUUUACAGAAUAAGAUUCCCAUUAUUAUUAUAUAAUUGUGUGCACUCUCAAAAUAGUAUAUAUAUAACGUAUGCAUAAGAGAACAUUCUCCACUCAAUCAUUGACCAAUCUUUUAUCAGAGGAACACAAUAACCAUUCUCAUCCACUUGCCAAUUUAUCAAUUAAUAUUCCAACCAAUACAACCACCACCAUCACAUCUCCUCUCAACAUUGCAACAUCUUCCUCUAUUAUCCAAUCCCCUAUUAUUUAUCAAACCAAUUCAAACUUUUCUUCAGAAGAAUCACUCACAGAAAUGUUAUCGUCCGAUCUUGAAAAUGGUCAAGCCAAUAAUACUGGCUCUAAGUCCUCUACUUCUUCACUUUUUGCUUUUGUGUUGAAGAACAAACGUAUAUUAUAUCCUGUUUUUAUUGCCUUGGUAUUGAUUACUCUUGGUAUUACAGUUGUAGCUUUUUAUUCAUCGAAUCCUGAUAGUACUCUCAAUGUUAACCAACUUUCAUCUUCUUCUGAUGCUUCUACUCUCUUUGGAAAGGUGCCAAAAUCAUCAAUUAGUUCUCAACAAAGUUCAAGACUUGAAUUCCCAAUUUUACUUGUUGCCGAUAGAGAUAAGGCAAGUAAAGUUACUGAUGAUAAGAAGGGAACCCAAUGGAAGAGUGUCUUAUUGAAAGGGCUUUUGAAGAGAAAUGAACAAACUGGAGCUUAUUCAGUUUCAUUUAAUGAAAAACCAUGGGAAAUUAAUGGUCUUUUAGUUGAAGGAUCACGUGGUAUGGAACUUUCUGAAUUGAAAAUGUUCAAUGGAAAAUUAUAUUCUGCUGAUGAUCGUACUGGUAUUGUUUAUCAAUUGAUUACCUCAAAGGGAAGUGAUGGAAAUGUUCAAGUUAGAGCCAUUGCUCGUCACAUUUUACCGGAUGGUAAUGGAGAAACAACUGCUAAAGGUUUCAAAUGUGAAUGGGCAACUGUUAAGGAUAACAAGUUAUAUAUUGGUAGUAUUGGUAAGGAAUGGACAACUGGUGAAGGUAAAAUUCUCAAUCAUGAUCCAAUGUAUAUUAAGACUAUUGAUAAUAGAGGUCAUGUUGAACAUGUUAAUUGGGUUUCAAAUUAUAAAAAGAUGCUCAGAGCUGUUGGAAUUAAGACUACUGGAUAUAUGGUUCAUGAAGCUGCUGAAUGGAGCGACUUCCAUAAGAGAUGGUUCUUCCUUCCAAGAAGAGUUUCUUUCGAAACCUAUGACGAAAAGAAGGAUGAACAAAGAGGUUCCAAUCAUGUCAUUUCUGCCUCUGAAGAUUUCAGUGAUAUUACAGUGACAAAAAUUGGUGAGAUUAUUUCACCAGCUCGUGGUUUCUCUAGUGUGAAAUUUAUUCCUGGUAGACCAAAUGAAAUUGUUGCUGUCAAGUCAGAAGAAACUGAUGAUGCCAUUAGAAGUUACAUUAUGGUAUUUGACAUUGCUACCAACAAGAUUCUUCUUCCUGAAACCAAGAUUAUUGAUGAAAAGAUUGAAGGUCUCGAAAUUGCUUAAUUUUAAUAGUCGAGUUUAAUAAAUUUAUUAGUUAUU